CUUUCUUCCCAAUACCAAAGCAAAACCAGAACAAAAGAAAUGGACGCAAUUGAUUCAGUUUUUGAUCCGCUAAGAGAAUUCGCUAAGGAUAGUGUUCGUCUUGUCAAGAAAUGCCACAAGCCCGAUCAAAAAGAAUUCACGAAGGUGGCGUUUCGUACAGUGAUCGGAUUUGUGGUCAUGGUAUUCGUAGGUUUUUUCAUCAAGCUCAUCUUCAUCCCCAUUAACAACAUUAUUGUUGGAUCUGGUUAG